UAAAAGGGCGAUGUAUUGACACCCCUGAUUCCCUACCAUUUUCGGACAAUCACGAGACCCACGUGGGUCAUUCAUCCGCGCGCUGUUUUUUUUUGACGGCGCUGAUGUAUGGAAAAGCCGAAAGCUACAGCGCGGUGAUGUACUCUGACGUGCUCCAAAACGGCCUGUAACAAUGUGGUUCAAUUUCGAAUCAUAUAUCGCAGCUUGUACGUACGUAUCUGACUUUGUGGAAAGUACUGCUGGCUUGGCCAAUUUCAGACACCUGUUCAACUUGAAGCCUAGAGCCGCGCGGCCAAUGACUGACCGCGGGGUAACAAAUGAGACCCGCCGUCAUGAGAUAUGAGGCUCACACGUUGUAGCCUGCGUGUGGCCUUGCAGCAACGUUUCACCAGCCAUUCCCCUUUCCCCGUACCGCGGCGCGUCUAUUCCAUGAAUGGCGUGCUACCCAACAGUCCCAGAUUUAAGGAUAACUCUUCUUGCGCCCUCUGGGCGCGUGGAUUUAACACCCCAAUUCUGAUGGGCCCUUCGAGAAAGAUACAUCGUAAGUCACCGUCUCGGUGCUCUCAGUGUCGGAGCAGUCACCAGCAUUGCUCGGGCAAGAUCCAGCAAUCCGGCUGCGCCCGAUGCUCACGUCUAAGACAACCAUGUCAAUUUUCCAGUGAAAUCACCAGUACCACGCAGACAGAACAGCUAACUCCCGCACUCAUCGCCGGUUCGAUGAACUCACCUCACCUAAUCGUAGGAACAGAAACCGUAGGGGACUCUUAUGUCCAAGAGACUAAUUUCUCGCCCACGGAGACAGCCAUAGUAUCAGGGCAGGGUACCCCUCAUCCAAGCAAGUCCAUCUUCACAACGAAACUUUCCACAAAACUUUCCAUCGAACGCUCCAGAGCAAAAUACGUUGGCUUGGCAAGCCCCAAAACUUGUGUAUUCACGAGAUUCAUCUCAGCUGCCGCCCGCGAUGCAAAGACCGAACGACGUGGGCAGUCAUGGCAAUCACUCGUUCGCCACUUCGGGCGAUUCGGCCAAUUUCGACUUCACUGAACUGGGGUUGGAAUGGCACAAACUAACCGGGGCCUCCUUUUUCAGUACGUUCGUUUCGCAAUCUUGAGGCGCUUCCUUAAUUUCCCUGAUCUCUACAUAGAC